GUGCUUCGCCCUUACAGCAGAGCGCCUAAAACCGCUACAGUGGCUCUGCUGGGGACAAAUUAUUCACGUCCCACUGUUCUGCAAACCCAAUCUGGGAGGUAUGACCUGGCUGAGACAGUUUAGGAAGAUGGCCACGAAGGCACCUGGGGGAAUAGAUAUAUGUAUUUGAGAAUGGGAGGAGUAAAUCGCUGGACGACCAUGAGCAGGAAGAAAAUUAAGCCUCCACCUCCCAACCAGUGGCCCGGAGUUGGCGACUUAGAGAGCUCGCGCCAGCGCCGGGAGCCCCGCCUUGGGGGCGUAGCCGCACGCUGGUCGGCUGGGGCGGGGCCUGCUUCUGGCCCCAUCUAGCCCCGCCCCAGGCGAGGGCGCCGCACCCACACUGCGCUGCGCAGUUUUGUUCUGCACCAGCGGUUCGAAGGUGAUCCAGACGCGAGAUGGCUGUCCUCUCUAAGGAAUAUGGUUUUGUGCUUCUAACUGGUGCUGCCAGCUUUAUAAUGGUGGCCCACCUAGCCAUCAAUGUUUCCAAGGCCCGCAAGAAGUACAAAGUGGAGUAUCCUACCAUGUACAGCACGGACCCUGAAAACGGGCACAUCUUCAACUGCAUUCAGCGAGCCCACCAGAACACGUUGGAAGUGUAUCCUCCCUUCUUAUUUUUUCUAGCUGUUGGAGGUGUUUACCACCCGCGUAUAGCUUCUGGCCUGGGCUUGGCCUGGAUUGUUGGACGAGUUCUUUAUGCUUAUGGCUAUUACACAGGAGAACCCGGCAAGCGUAGUCGAGGAGCCCUGGGGUCCAUCGCCCUCCUGGGCUUGGUGGGCACAACUGUGUGCUCUGCUUUCCAGCAUCUUGGUUGGGUUAAAAGUGGCUUGGGCAGUGGAUCCAAAUGCCAUUAAAGAAUUAUAGGGGUUUAAAAACUCUCAUUCAUUUUAAAUGACUUACCUUUAUUUCCAGUUACAUUUUUUUUCUAAAUAUAAUAAAAACUUACCUGGCAUCAGCCUCAUACCUA